UAAAAACGAAGAAAAGUUUAACCAUAACUAUAAUAUUUUUUUAAGCGAAUGUUAAAAUUAUUUAAAAAAACAAAUAGUUCUUGCAUGAAAAUUAGCUGUUAAGAGGAAAUCGUGUUAUUUAUAUGCCAGUCAUGAUGGCCAAAGAGCAAGAUAAUUUUAUGGCCGGCAUUCGACAUGCCCUUAAUUUACCACUAAGAACCCGUUGUGCUGAACUGACUGUUCUGUUGGACAGAGGAAAUUUAUUGGAGUUGCACAGCUUUUUCCCGAUAUUAAUCGAAAACAUAUUUGGCUCCCAAGGCAGUAUUUCUUGGGGCCUUCGCAGCACAACAGAAUCCGAAAGUGAAGAUUUUCGCCAGUUGCAUCAUUUCCUAUCACCUUGCGGUCCUGUGUUUAAGUUAAUUUAUACAUUGUUGAAAGAUCCAAACAUACGAUAUGAAUUUCCGUUGGGCUGCUUACCGUUGAAAAUAAGGCAGUUUUUGGAGAACUCUCAAAUGCAUCCGUUUUACUCUGAAUUAGUGCAUUGCAAUUCUCAAACGAAACAAAUUGUGUCUCUUAUGUUAAAUUCCUUCGAUUAUUACAUGUUUCAUUUUGCCUAUCAUUUGAUAAAUCCAUGGCAACAACGAGCAGGUUCUACAUUAAGUUCUUGGAAUACAGUUUAUUACUUACUGUGUUGUGAUUAUAUUAUACAUUUUCUUCCUGUUGAUCCAGCUGUUACAGUAUUACCUCAGAUUUAUUACAACGGAAAAAAUCCUUUACAAGUCGCUAAAGCUAAUUUAUUAGAACACCCGCAAAAUUCUGGUUUGAUAUCAGGUAAAAUAUCCCAAUCCAAGGAUGAUUCGUUUCAGAAUAAUCUGGACAUCCAUCACCCGAGGAACGACAUCUGGCGAAGCGAAACUGUUUUAACAGUGUUUACCGAUAUGUGGCUGUACAACAAUCAAGUCAUUGAUAAUAGAAGUAAUAUUAGUUCGUUUAAUAAUCCAGCCAUGGCGCCUUCUGCAUCGCGAUUCCUUCAACACAACGAAUUGCCGACGGGAGAGUACAUGCGGAUUGUUCGUGUUCUGAUUAAACAACUCCACGCUUUCUACGCAAGCGCCAAAGCAGACGAUACUCACCUGGGAGAACUAAAAAAGAUAUCUGUACCGAUGAUUCAAGGAAAGUUUUACACGUUUAUAAGAAACUUGAUACACCGAUGGCCUUUGGACGGUUCGUUUCGGCUGGUUUUGGAACUGUGGUUAACUUACAUCCAGCCGUGGAGAUAUCCGCCUAAUAAUUUAAUUAAGCAAGUGAAUAAAAAAGAGGUAAACCCGGAUUUGGAAGACAUUUCCAUGGCGCCCCAGCAGGAAGUCGACCCCGAAUUUAUACCAUUUAUCGCCGAAAAUCUAUUGGCUUACGUCGUAAUUUUCCAACAACUCUUACCGAGAUUCUGUCGAGUGGAUUUAGUCAGUCCGAAGAUGUCGCUCAUGUUGUACAGGAUUACCAAGAACUUUGGAAAGAUCCCUCGUAACGCAAAAUUGAACUCCACGCAGGUGUUCGACCAACCGAACUUGCCGAAAUACCUCAGAGAAAUCGAGCAGUGCGUCGACAACAACAGCUCCCCAACUCACAAGUACAACAAUCAUUGGGUGAACACGCUACCGCCAUUAUCUCCGACGUCCAAUUGGAGCGUUAACGUGAGCCACAAUAGAAGCACUGGUAAUGUCUCCACCGAUUUUGCAUCCAGCCAAUCGAGAAGCGGGCCGAACGCCACUUCGUUUCUGACCAGCAUCAGAGUCCCAGCCGAUAAAAAAUGGGCGCCCGUUAUUAGACAGAAAAUUUUUGAUCUGGAAGGACCGAACUUUUGCUACAAAUCCUUGUUCACCAACCCGCCGGUUGCAGAGGUGUACGAUUUAAUAUAUCUAAUCAAAAAAUCGAUCAGUCAAGCCGAAGAAAUCGUGAGAGCGAAGGAACGGGACGAGCAGGAAAUGUUCUCCGGCAUAUGGGGAUCCGUUAAAUACUUCUUCAAAGGCAUCGAUACCAACGACGAGUUUACGCUGAAGGACCGCCAGAAAGUGCCGCUUCACCUGCAAGUGGCCCUGCAGAAUUUGGCGGACAUGUUCAACAUACAUAACGAGGUACAGAGAGAUUCGGAACCGUCGAGCUUCGUUUCGAACGCCGUCAGCCCUUGCAGCGAUUUCCUCACGCCCGAAAGGGUCAGGGCUCGAAUCAAGAAUAUCCGGUACGAAGGGGAUCCGGACCUUCAUCCCAUUCAGAGCCACGAGAAUACGUUUUUGGUCAGGACGCUCUACCAAAUUGCUCUUAAAAUCAACGAAAUUUAUGGGCCGACGUUUUAUCAACUUUAUCACAGUCAGUCCUUCGUCGGGCGAUUAUCGAGGGAAAUUUUGUGUCCUCCGAUAACGAUCUACCGGUACGAUAAGAGCACGCCCGGAUCGCCGAGAUUGAGCAGCAACUUACCGCCCAGACUGAGCCUCAGAUUCAUGGCGAGUUACAGCUUUUUGAGCUAUCUAAUUUUAGGCGCCUUUUUAGCGUGGAUUUUCGGCUACAGGAUCGAGGUUUACUUCACGUUUUUAAUAGCGGUAUACGUUACGUAUAAAUGUUUGAGGGCGCUGAGGGGGAGAGAAACGCCCGUGAGGCAUAACUACCCGACGCAGGGCUUCGGAAACAUCAGCUUUAACGAUUCCUUCUGAUUUUUUUUUAUAACAAUAAAAUUCUUUUACUCGGAUAUUUUGAGGUUUUUGUCGUCGAAUUGGCCUUUUGUUUCGCGGAAUUUUCGUAUAAAUGCCCUGUAAACGCGUCGCAACGCGACAGGCUAAAUAAAUAAUUUUGCCUGUCAAAUUCUUCACCACGAUGCGGCUGCUCGUUUAAAUUUUAAGUUAAUUACAAAAUUCCCAGUCAAUGUUUUCUAUCCCGAUUUUGCGAAGCGCGCUAUCAAGAACAGUCCCGUCGAGCCGGCUCGCCGCCCUAUCGAGCAAAAAUGCGCCGAUUCGGGUGGCCCUGAAGAAUGCGGUCCUUCCGCCCAAUCUGCGGGAAACGGUCGAGCGCAGAAUUCGAGAGCCCGUCGAAACAGUCACUCCCCAUGGAUUCCCGAAUUCGCUGGAAAUUUCGCCGGUCCCGCCGCUUUGGUGUCCGGCGCUCGGCGACGGCGCGGCCCCGCUGAGCUGCUCGUGCAAGUACAAGAGGAAGUACAGGAAGUGCAAGUGCAAGCUCAAGAAGGCCAAGAAGAAGUUGAAGAAGUGCAAAAAGAAGCGGAAGAAGUGCAAAAGGAAGCGGAAGAAGUGCAAGUGCAAGCUGAAGAAGUACAAGCGCAAGUAUAAAAAGUGCAAGUGCAAGAAGAAGAAGUAUAAGAAGAUGUGCAAGAAAUGAAGCGCUUCAAAGAGCAAGCAACUCCGCAAUUGAUGGUAUGCCAAUUGGUGUACAGGUGACAAGAAUUUGACAAGCAAAAUUUCUAAUUACAUUAAUUAUGCAUCUAAUUAACUAAACAUAUUAGUCUCAUUUCUUUGGAUAAAUAGAAUAAUAAUGCCGUAACGAUAUUUAAAGAAAUAUUAUUUAAACAUUAAAUAAAAAAUUGCAAUACAAUU